AUGGGAUGGAUUGAACAAGUCCAUGACACUCAAAUUGUUAUCCAAUCGAUUGCCAUUCUAUGGGCCAUAUGGCUACAAAGAAAUCAAGUGGUCUUCCAUCACAAUUCCCCAAAUAUUGAGAACACAUUAGAGGAAGCUAGGAAACUCGUUGAUAUGUUCUCAUGUCUUCAUAUAGGCAAUGGAGCUUGCUCUACUUCUGAAAAUAAUCAAGACACUAACACAUCUAACCUUUGUAUUUUGCAGAAUGUUUUAGACAUCGGUAGUGCAAUAAAUUCUUGGCAUUUCAUUAUAGAUGGCUCAUGGAAAUCACCAACUGACAACGCUAGAAUUGUAUGGAUUUGCUUGGACAACCAGAAGCAGCUGAUCAAAAGACAAGCUGUGGUGAAGACAUCCUUAUCACAUGCCUUGCUAGCUGAAGCGCAUGCAUGCUUGGAUGCAAUCCGAUGGGCUGUACAACAAGAAAUGAAACAUAUAAAUGUGUACACAGACUGUCAAGUACUAGUCCAAAUGCUUCAACAGCAACGAUAUCAGGAGCACUGGCACAUUUUUACUCUUGUUCAAGAUAUUCUAGCUUAUGUAAAGUGUUUGAAUUAUGUAUGUCUUCGUAAAGUUGACAGAAGUGUUAUUCAACCAGCACAUAAUACGGCAAAAAAUGUAACUACUACUACUACUUAA